AUGAGUAUUGCUAAUUUGGAAAAACCAAUGUGUGUUGGCCGAGAAGAUGCGGACGCAAUUAUGCACAAUCAAGGAAUAGUAACGAAUUAUCUGUUCUUUUCAAUACUUUGUGAUGGUUUUGUCGACCAUAAUCUGAUUGAUGGACGCAACUACACAGAUGAAAUGGAUUGUGAAUAUUGGCCUUGUAACAAUAUAUAUACACGAUGUAAUGAUUUUGCAACAUGGAAUUGUCGCAAUGCAUCCGAUGAAGCUAAUUGUCCUUCUAAUCCAUGCCGUCCAGAUGGUCAUCCUUGUAUAUCAUCGCUUACCCACAACUUUACUUGCCUACCUCUAUCUCGAAUUAACGAUGGUCAUAUUGACUGUUUAGGCGGCUAUGAUGAAAUUGAUCGUUGUCCACCACCGUUAAGUUCAUCACUUAUUCCACACUACCGUUGCUUUAAUGAAACUAAAUGUAUUACUCCUAUAGAUAUAUGUAAUUCACAAGAAAGAGACUGUAUCUCUGGCGACGACGAAGAUCAAUGGUGUACACAGCUCUUAAAUUGGUCAGAUUGGCUCAAAAGUUUUUCUCGUUCUACAUCAUUGCACACAUUCGAUACUAAUUUAUAUUUAAUAAAUUUACAACAAAGCUCACGUAAAGAACCCUGGGUCCAUUUUACAUUGAAAAAUCAUCGAAACUAUCUUCCGAUUGAUGCUAUCAGCAACGAAAGCAAUUCUAUUGAGAGAACAUCUGUCAACAGCGUUCCUUCUGAUGACUCCAAUACUGACUGGGAUUUAGAAUGGAUCAAUUAUAAUAUAAAUGCAGUUUGUAAUCGUGGAUUGCCAAUUUUCGUCAAUGAUUUAAAAGAAUACUAUUGUUUAUGUCCACCAGCUUAUUUCGGAUAUCAAUGUGAAUAUCAAAGUCAACGAGUUAAUCUUAUAUUACAGUUUCGAGCAGCUGAAUGGCGAACGAUGUUCACUUUUAUUAUAAUGCUUAUGGAUGAAAAUGCAAAUAUACAUUCUUCAGAACAAAUUGACUAUAUUUCAAUACGUAAUUGUCAAAAAAAAUACAAUUUCUAUCUUCUCUAUUCAACACGGCCUAAAAAUUUCAAUCAUACAUAUUACGUACGUAUCGAUGCCUACGAUCGACUAAAAAUGAUAUAUUAUGUUAGUAUGUACUAUCCUAUUCCAUAUUCAUUCUUACCAGUUCAUCGUCUUUCACUACGAUUAGAUAUUCCUAUACGAGAAGUUAUAACUAUAUCAAAUACUUGUCCAUUAAAAUGUUUUCAUGGAAAAUGUAGAUAUUUUUUAAAUUCGGAUAAAUAUUUUUGUCAAUGUUUGAAUGGCUAUUCUGGAAUGCUAUGUACGGUUAAUAAUUCUUGUGAUUGUUCAUCAGAUUCGAUCUGUCUCGGAAUUGUUAAAAAUCGAUCGAUAUGUAUUUGUCCUCAUGAUAAAUUUGGGCCACGUUGUUAUUUAAAAAGUACAGUGUGCAUUUCGAAUCCUUGUUUGAAUCAUGGCCGAUGUAUUGCUGGUGAUGAAAAAUUUCCUGAAACUGAAUAUUAUUGUCUUUGUCCAGAAGGUUUCGUAGAAACAAUACCUAUUCCACAAUCAAUUCUUAUUCAUUUAUUCUAUGUUUCAUCAAUUCCUCGCCCAUCUACACAAGUACAUCUUGCUGAUCCAAUCCGAACAACUCUGAUAUCCAAAAUCAAAUCCUACGAAAAUUCUACUUUUAUUUAUUAUGCAGAAGAAUUUCAUCUGAUGUUUGUCGAAUUCAAUGAACAUCGUUAUCUUACUUUUCUUCAACAGAAUUAUACGCCAGCGACGAUUAUUUCAAUAACAAUCGUUCCCGAAAAUCACUGUCCAUCAAUUAAAGAAUUGUUCGAUGAUCAUGUUCAAGCCUUACCACGAUGGCAUCGAGCCAAAUAUUAUCAUGUUCCAUGUCAAAAACAUUCAAAUCUUGUCUGUUUCUAUGAUAAUGAUUAUUUCAUGUGCCUAUGUGACAUUGAUCGACAUGCAAAUUGUUUCAAAUUCGAUUAUAAACAAGAUUACAAUUAUUUAGGAUCGAAUUAUUGUGAAAAUGAUGGUAAAUUCUAUCAAGAUAACGAUACUUGUCCAACAUCAUCAUCAUGUUUUUGCAAAGAAUGUUAUUAUGGUAGUCGAUGUCAAUUUACAACGAUGGGAUUCGGUCUAUCACUCGACGAUAUUCUUGGUUAUAGUAUUUGGCCUAAUUUUCCUUUCUCGAAACAGCCGAUUAUAGUGAAGCUAUGUACAAGUGGAACGAUAUUGAUGUUUACUAUUGGCAUUAUCAAUGCUAUAUUGUCUACAGUCACGUUUCAAACAAAAGGCUCGCUUCAAAUAGGUUGUGGUCUAUAUCUACUUGCAUCAUCAAUCACAUCUUUUCUUACAAUGACAUUAUUCAUAGCAAAAUUCGUUUUACUUCUCCUUUCUCAAAUGUCAAUAAUUACUAAUUAUACUCUUCUUAAAUCGAAUUGUGUCUGCUUAGAUAUACUCAUGAAAUCAUUUUUGGCCAUUGGAGAUUGGUUAAAUGCCUGUGUGAGUAUUGAACGAACAUUGACCAUUCGACUCGUUUUUACAAGUUUUAUUUAUGAUCCUGUUCAUCGUCGUUUAAUUGAAGAAACAGAAGAACAACGAAUAUGGUGUGUAGUUCGUUAUUCAUCAUCUGUAAGAACUUUUGCCACAUUUAAUAACGUUUUUCAUUUUCUUGUACCUCUUUCUCUCAAUUUCAUUUCGACUGUAUUGGUAAUUAUCCUAAUAGCUCAACAGAAAUUGAAGACUCACAAACAACACUCCUAUAAACAAUAUCUACGGCAGCAAUUUUAUAAACACAAACAUCGAUUAUUGAGCUCAUUUUUUCUAGUUAUCAUUGCUUUGCCUCGUCUAAUUAUGUCACUUAUUACGGAUUGUAUGAAAUCUCCUCGAAAUCAUUGGCUAUAUAUCUGUAGUUAUUUUAUUUCAUUUAUUCCACCAUUACUUAUAUUUACAAUUUUGUUCUGCCAUCGGAAUUCUAUCGAAAAGAGUUCAACCAAGCCAUUACUCGUAUUAGAAACAGAAUUCAAACUCCAUUUCAGCGCCAAUAAGUAUUAAAACGAAAAAUGAAUUAUCUUUCUAAUCGUGUCAUAUGAAGAUUCAUUUACAAUUAUCAUGCUUUUCUUGUUGUGACCUUGUGUUGUGCUUAUUUAGAAAUUUGUUUCAAUAUAGAAAAAAAGACAUAUCUUCUGCUGUUUGAAUGUGAUUAUUAUGUUUUAACAGUGAUGUACCGAUGGUUUAGUCUUGCAUUUGUUAUCAUUCAGAAAAUAUUGUUUGGUCGUGAAUUGAUAAUCUCCUGAGGUUGUCUGAUCUAUUUUAUGCACGAUCGUAUAGUAUUGUGGAGUUCUCACUUGUAAACAGUCGAUGCCUAGAGAAAAUCCAUUGCAACAAAUAGUUGUUCCCUAUGGCUUAUCGACACUAAAGGCUUCUGUUCAGUUCUACGAUUAGACUCUGAUGAAUUUAUUUACUUCCUAUUAUUCGACGUCGAAUAACAGUUGUUCGCGUACUUUUUCGAAUCAAGAUUCAACGACAAACUCUAGGAAUAUUUCGAUAAAACUUAUUAAACCGACAAUUUUCGACCUUCAUGCGAGAGCCAAUAGUAUUUAUGACCCUAUAGAUGUGUUGAUUUCAAUUACAAGAGAAAUAAAAGAUACCGAUCUUGGACUGACGGAUCAAUCUGAGCGACAAAAAGUAUUUGAUUAAACCCUUCUUUUUACUUUUAAUACUUUGACUUUUUAUUUGUUUCACAUUCAUUAAAAUUACAAUAGUCAGUAGUUUUUAAUUUUCUUAAAUGAGCAAUAGUCUGUGAUUGUCGACUGAUGGCAAUCUCGCUAUGUGGCUGUAAUAUCUCUUAUCGUUAGUAUGAACUAUUACAAACAAAGAUUAUAUUAUGUUUGAUAAGGAAUUCACAUACUUAGAGUUCAUUCGAUUGUGAGUUCGGUGAUUGAUAAAAAAAAAAGAUGAAUAGAGAUCGAAUAGGAGCUAGAUGUGGGUGUCUGUGAGCGUGGCUAUGGAUGUACAAUGCGAUACCUGCACAUCUGCCACCCACAUCCACAUCUACACCUUCAAGACUCACGAAAUUUCAUAGAUGUCAUAAUACUAUUAGAUGAAUCAUCGAGAGAUCGACGUCAUAAUACUCCUACAGUAUCCAGGUGGAAUAUAACCGCCUCUAUUUACUGGGCAUAACUCCCCUUAAUAUACUCUGCUACUUGCAUCUGAACGAACUACAUAUCCAAAAAGUUGAGGAAUUUUAGUUGUUUUGAGGUAUUACCCUUUAAGUAAACGGUAUCCUAAGAAAACAAUUCAAAUUCGUCAACUCUUAGGAUAUAGUUGCAUCGAAUAGUAUGAAUAUUAGUGCCUGGUAAGGCAUCGACUCUGUAGAAAAAGUAUGAUCAACUUGGAGGAAUAUCGGGUAUAUUUAAAUGCAGAAAUAUUCGUCACCCCGUGUAAUGGGACUAUGCAUGAGCACUCCGAAAUUUCGUCGGAAUCUAUGUUCUGGAAUGACUUCCGAACCUUUACGGUUUCAAUUUCCUAUUUACUCUACUAUUGACAUCAGGUACACAUUCUUUGUAAAAACAAUAGAGUAAGAGUCAAUUGUUACACCUGUUACUUGUUCUGUAAUGCGAAAUUUCAGACAAUUGUGGAUGUGUGAAUUAGUGGGCGUAGGUAUCGUAUUUCUUUGCAAGUGACACCCUCAUCCACAUUCUUACAGUCAAUUUCUAACUGUUUUUCUUUUACUUUAAGUUCAUAAAAGUAGAUUUCUUCAGAAUUUUUUCGUAAGAUUCGUUCAAAUGUCAUCCAUUUUGAAUUUUGAUUGUUGCGGCAUAGCGAUUGUAUAAAUGUUGUGUCCUACCUUAAUUGGUACUUUUAGAUAUAGUGAAGUUUGUCUAAAUAGCUUUUCCUUUUUAAGUUCUCAAUGAAGAAAACUUCUAUUCUCUUGAAAAAAAUUGUAAUUGACAAUAAGACGAUUCUUUUGUUUGUUUGUUUUUUUUUUCGACGGUGUAAGAAACCAUACGUUAAUUUAAUUAUACGUAGCGGCUUCGAUUAAAACAUGGCAAUGAUGGUUUCUACUUUCUCUUUUGUGUAAGCGUUUCAUGCAGAAGUCUUUGGGAUAUAUUCUCGAGUUAAUCAUGAGGAAAGAUGUGAAAAACGUCAAUUUCAUCUGAAUUAUUCAUUGAACAAGAGAUAUCAUAUGUAAUAAAACUAUAUCAUCCAGAAAAUUCUAACAUAUUCAAGGAUGUUGUUCAUGGUGACAGUUUUUGACGCAUUUUAUUUGCUGUCACAAGAAAAGAAACUUCUCUAUAGAAUUUUUCAUUAUUUUGAUUCAAUCAAUACAGUUUAUUUCGAGAGGAAAAAAGUUAGUCGACGCCAGCUUUUUCAUCAAGUAAUACAAAGUGACGUAAAUUACUUAUUUGUUGCACAUCCAAUCAUGGUAACAAACAUAACAGAAAUGAUUCUCAAUACAACAGCCACUAUGUCUAUCAUAGAAACAUAUGAUAGUGAAGCGUACAAACACCACGUUCCGUAUAUAUUUUUACAAACAUUGCAAGUAUUAUCCUUUAUUGCAUACAUUGUUAUUGGGUACUACUUUCUUUCGUCACCAAACGAAUUUAAAAAAACACUUAGUUUCCAUGUUAUUUUCAUAAUACUUGUGAUGGAUUUCAUGGAACUAUCUGUUUUUCUCUCGCUAGUUCUUGAGUAUGUACGUACAGGCUUUAUCCAUCCAUCGACUUAUACGACUUGUGUCAUUUUGGUAUUCAUAGACUCAGUCUCGUACUAUUCGAGUUUGUUUCUCAUGACUUAGGCAGCAAUUGAACGACAUUUACUUGUUUUUCACUCCAAUAUAUACAAUACGAAACGUGGUCGAAUUUAUUUUCACUUUCUACCGAUAAGUACCAUCUGUGUGUACAUGAUAUUUUACUACUUUUCUGUCGACUUUGUGUAUCCUUGCGAGAAUGCAUUUGAUUAUUCAUUAUUCAUUAUUAUUUUGUGAUUUUGUUUUGUACAUGAAUCUACCAACAUCUACUCUAGUAGGCAUUGAAUUUAUGGUCCAUCAAGUUGUUCCAACAAUACUAAUUGUUUUGUUUAGUCUUGCACUGUUUCUAAGAACUAUCUUUACUCGACAACGGUUACGUCAAUCAAUCGAAUGGAAGAAGUAUCGAAGAAUGAUCAUACAAUUGUUGAGCACUUCAAUCCUUUAUUUGGUCUUUACUACAUCAUUUUCACUCAAUCCUAUUGCACAAGCUGCUGGAUUACCACUGGUAUUUUCAAACGAUUUCAAUCAAACUGUUCUCGUUUAUUGGGGAUAUGAAAUCUGCAUCUUCGUGCCAUUUAUAAUUAUUAUAUCAUUACCCGAGAUGAAAAGAAAAUUUCAGUCAUUGCUUAAGAUUCGCAACACACGGUUUGUAGCAACAGGCUCGUAGAACGCCUUACUAGAUCGAAGAAAAUUGAACAUUAAUAAGAAAAGAAGAAGAUGAAUUCAAUGCGUACUGAACAAAUAUGUAUAUGGAUGUGAAUAUAGAGACAAUCGAUUUUAACUUCAAUUCAUUCCUUAAUCUUUAGUUAUAUGCAUAAAUUAAGCAGAAAGUGUUCAGUGUCUAGAGGUUACUUGCUAUGUUGAAGUAGUAGCUCGAUUAAAGAAGGUUUUCUUCGUAGAAAUGUGACAAUUUACGUUAGGCAUAGUUUUAAUGCAGUUUUACUGCUACAAUUACAAAAAGAUCAAUUAAAUCUGAAACGCUCGUGAAAACAUCUGGACAAAUCGAAAGUUUUUU